AUGCCUGGAAGCAGCUAUAUCGAUGAGUGUAAAUCCCCGCCCUGUCACCAUAAUGCAACUUGUACCAACACGCUGGGUUCCUACCAGUGCGACUGCAACGCAGGGUUUAACGCAUCAGCUUCAUCCACCGGACUCCGUGCAAAUAAGACCUGUGAAGAUAUCGAUGAGUGUAAAUCUUUGCCCUGUCACCAAAACGCAACUUGUAACAACACGCUGGGUUCCUACCAGUGCGACUGCAAAUCAGGGUUUAAUCCAUCAGCUUCGUCCACCGGACUCCGUGCAAAUAAGACCUGUGAAGAUAUCGAUGAGUGUGAAUCCUCGCCCUGUCACCAUAAUGCAACUUGUACCAACACGCUGGGUUCCUACCAGUGCGACUGCAACACAGGGUUUCAGGCAUCAGCUUCGUCCACCGGACUCCGUGCAAAUAAGACCUGUGAAGAUAUCGAUGAGUGUAAAUCCUCGCCCUGUCACCAUAACGCAACUUGUACCAACACGCUGGGUUCCUACCAGUGCGACUGCAACGCAGGGUUUAACGCAUCAGCUUCGUCCACCGGACUCCGUGCAAAUAAGACCUGUGAAGAUAUCGAUGAGUGUGAAUCCCCGCCCUGUCACCAUAACACAACUUGUAACAACAUGCUGGGUUCCUACCAGUGCGACUGCAGCGCAGGGUUUCAGACAUCAGCUUCGUCCAUCGGACUCCGUGCAAAUAAGACCUGUGAAGAUAUCGAUGAGUGUGUAUCCUCGCCCUGUCACCAUAACGCAACUUGUACCAACACACUGGGUUCCUACCAGUGCGACUGCAACACAGGGUUUCAGGCAUCAGCUUCGUCCAUCGGACUCCGUGCAAAUAAGAUCUGUGAAGAUAUCGAUGAGUGUGAAUCCUCGCCCUGUCACCAUAAUGCAACUUGUACCAACACGCUGGGUUCCUACCAGUGCGACUGCAAAUCAGGGUUUAAUGCAUCAGCUUCGUCCACCGGACUCCGUGCAAAUAAGACCUGUGAAGACAUGGACGAAUGCGAGCAUGGGCACCAGUGCAGCGCCAACAUGACCUGUCGCAACACCUUUGGGAGUUACCUCUGUGUCUGUGGAGCAGGAUAUCACCCAGAGCCGGGACAGACGCACCAGGCCUGUCAAGUCGAUCCACUCAAUUGUUCCACCUCGGGAAAGCAGAAUUCCACGGUUCAGCGGUGCAGUUCCGAGCAGUCAACCUCUGCAAAAGACAUGCUGAUCAACCUUGAUUGCUUCCAAAAUAAAAUGUGUCAGAAUUUCAACAUGGAUAGUGAUGUCAAGGUCAUGGAAACCUUUACAAACACGGUUCUCAAUCGCUCACUGCUGGAAACCAUGAACACAACUGAAAGGCUGAAGGUAGUAACAGCCAUAUUGGAUUUUGUGGACAAUAUGGCCAUGGCGAUAGCUCUUACUCUGCCCAGUUCACAAGAGACGAACAUCACAACAGAUGCAUUUGGUAAAGUACUCUCCGUGGGAAACAUUCACCAUAGGAACAAAGGUUCUCGUUGCUAG